GCAGAGCAUCCCCUCCCUCCGUGCGGUCGCUGCGCUCCCCUGGGGUGGCGGCUGCCCGCACUCGGGCCCCGCCGGAGCGAGGGCGGGCGGGGCGAUCGCCGCGCUCCCCGCGGUGUCUGCAGGCGAGCGAGCGCCGGGAACAGCACCGCCGCCCCUGCCGACACCAACCUGCUCGGCUGGGAAUAAAGCCCCUCGCUCCCCGCCGGCAAGGGAGCGCGGUGCACACCGCGGGGCUUUCCUCCGCCCCGCUUUUUUCCGGUUUUUUUCCCCUUUCCCCCCAUUUUCUUUCCCCGUUUUUCCCUUCUCCAGUAGGAGGACGCCCCGUGCCGCGCUCUCCGCGCAGUCCCGGAGGGCGCCCGGGCGCUGCCGCCGGGACGGGACGGGGCAGGAUGGCGGCGUCGGCCCGCUGGGUGCUGUGCCUGUGCCUGGGCUGGGGCUGCCUGUGCCUGGCUCUGGGGGACGCGCUGCGGCCGCGCCGGCUCGGGCUGCGGCGCCGGGCUGCGCCGGGGGCCGUGCGGGGCGGGCGCGCCCGGGCGGCCGCUGCUGACGACGGCCCGGGGCAGCGGCGCUCCGGGCGGCCGCCGGCGGCGGACAGAGUGGCGGAGCACAUGCUGCGGCUCUACGAGCAGUACCGCGGCGGCCGGGACCCACCGGCACCAGCCGGGGCCUGGCUCCGGCGGGGCAACACGGUGCGCGGCUUCCGCCCGCUGCCGGCAGGGAGCCCUGAAGGCCAGGAGAUGUAUGUUUUUAACUUGACAUCGCUCACAGAGUCUGAAAAUGUCUUGUCAGCUUCGGUGUAUUAUUAUAUUGGGGAUCUGCUGCAUGUGAAGUGGCACUGUUCCCAGUCCCAUGGCUGUUCUCAUCACAGGCACAGGAAACCUGAAAUUCAGAUGCGUCUUUCCGUUUGGACCUUUCCUUCAGCUGGGAACACGACUCAAAGCCUGGGACAUUUCCUUAUAAAUGUCUCCUCAGCAUACCAGGAUGUCCUUUCCUGGCAGUGGAAGGAUAUCACGCAGCUCCUCCAUGAAGCAAAGCAAAAGAAGGAACUGCUGAUCAGUGUUAAAAUGGAUCUGCCCAGCCACCAUCCCUGGGGAAAAGCACCUUCCUCCUUCGAGCCCUACAUCCUGAUUUACGCCAACGAUUCUGCUAUCUCGGAGCCAGAGAGCGUUGUCUCGACUUUGCGAGGGCACCGUCAUCCUGUGGCGAGGGUCCUUCCCAGGCCAGAGGGCCACACGAGGAGCAACAUCCCGAAUCGCCGGGGAAAGCGCUCUGCAGACGUCCUGUUGCCAUUGCAGAACAACGAGCUUCCAGGAGCCAAGUACCCGUACGGCGAGGGCGAGAGGUGGGCAGGCAGAAAACCCCACAAGGCCUUCCAGCCGCAGCUAGCUGACAGGGCCAGGAGCAAGAAAAAGCAGAGGAAGAGUCACCUGCAUAGGACCCAGACUCUGCAGUUCGAUGAGCAGACGCUGAAGAAGGCCAGGAGGAAGCAGUGGGACGAGCCAAGGUACUGCGCCCGGCGCUACCUCAAGGUGGAUUUCGCAGACAUCGGCUGGAGCGAGUGGAUUAUUUCCCCCAAGUCCUUCGACGCCUAUUACUGCUCAGGAGAAUGUCAGUUCCCAAUUCCAAAGGCCAUGAAGCCGUCCAACCACGCCACCAUCCAGAGCAUCGUGAGGGCGGUCGGAGUCGUCCCCGGCGUUCCCGAGCCUUGCUGCGUUCCUGACAAAAUGUCCUCUCUCAGUAUCCUAUUCUUCGACGAGAACAAAAACGUGGUUCUGAAGGUGUACCCCAACAUGACAGUGGAGUCCUGUGCCUGCAGAUAGCGCCUCGGGCAGCCUUGUGGCAAUGCCAGGGUGAUCACUUGCUGUUGGGGGCAGGAGGGUGGGCAGGGGUCUCAUCACACCUACUUUGUGUUUGCACUGUCAGCGCAUUUCCUUUGGACAGAUAAGGGGAAAUGUAGAGAAAUCCAGUCAAUGAGAAUGGCAACAGAAUGGAUUCCAAGCAGUGAUUCCAAGCAAAGCGAGUACACACUUCAUUUGUCUGUGAGUCUGACAGAGACACAAGGCUUAGGAAUGGGACCUGAGUGUACCUGUUGAAAGCGAGAGGUGAAAGAAAAAUCUGCAGAUUUCUGAGACUCUGACUCUCAAAGGACACAGUGUGAUCUAUUUUUGUGCAACAUUUUGGAAGCAGCAGAAGCUGGUAAUUCUUAUCUCUGUUCUAAUGGUAACUAAUGGCAGAGGGAGGUUAGAAGUUUAUAGUCUUCAUUUUAAAGCUAAGUUUCUUGCCUUAGGUUUUAGAGUAGUACAAAAACAAAUCUGACAUCCUACACGCUGUAGAUAACCCUUCUUGGCCAUGCAUCUCCUUGGCCCAAGGUCACCCUGGGCAGAGGAGCUGCAAGCAGGACUGGUGCUGAGUGCAUCACUGCCUUCUGCUGUGGGAGCUCAGCAGGCCAGGGCUGUGCCAUACCGUGCUCAGUGUCCCAAUGACACGUUUCACCCCGUGUCCUGGGACAUGCUUGGCAGUCAUCUGUAGCCGGGCUGUGGAGUGGCCUCCUCUCCUGGGCAGCAAGCAGCAGGAGCAGAGGGCAUCGCCUCAGCCUGGCCAUGAGGAAGAACUUCAUGGAAAGGAUGCAGUUUUAAAUGAUUUCUGGUGAAAGGUUUAUCUGUGUACAGACAGUCCAUUUAAAAAAAAAACAAACACCCCCAAAAAAGAGUUAUUUUGUAUAUGGAAAUAAACUUUUACAGAUGCUUCUAAUUUAUUGUACAUCUGUGGCCGUCCUAGUGUAUGGUGCUCGAUGUGAGCACUCUUUAAGGCACGCAGCUUUCCCUGUCAGUGUCGAGAUGAGCUGCCAGGCCUGCGGUGGAGCUCCGCAGGGCAGGCGCGCCCGGGGCGAGGGGGCACGUUUCACUGCUGAGGGGUAAGCCUGUCUCAUCGCGUUUCCCGCCCGUGAUUCGGGCAGUGAUUCUGCUCGGAACCGUGCAGACAUGUGAAAUAAAAUGGCUUUAGAAUGAGAA